AAAACUCGCGACCGGUGUGACUUCGUUCCAUCAUGCCGAGCUCAAGCCUCUUUCUCUCGUUGUUUCGUGAUUUCGUCUUCCUCGCGGCGCCCUCAAAUCUUCCCCUUUUGGAAUUGACAUCUGCAAUGCGAUUCCAAUUCUCCAGCAAGUAGUGGCGUUGAAAGAUGCGUUGUUUGUUCUGGGAUUUUCUUUUUUUUCCCGGGAUUUUCCGUGGCUGAUUUUGUACGAGAUUUUGGGGAUCGUUGAUGUAAGCGCGCUUUCCGUGGUCAAUGGAGAGCAUAGUGGCGUUUUGUUUGAUCUAGUGAAGAUUUGCGUUCUUGGUGAGCGAGCUCGUUUGGUGCUUGUGCCGACAUGGGAGUCGACUACUACAGCAUCUUGGAGGUAACUAAGGGUGCCACGGAUGAGGAACUCAGGAAGUCUUACCGGAAGCUGGCGAUUCGGUGGCAUCCGGACAAGAACCCUAACAACGAGGAGGAGGCCGAAGCCAAGUUCAAAGAGAUCGCUGAAGCAUAUUAUGUACUGAGUGAUUCUCAAAAACGGGCAAUAUAUGAUCAAUAUGGAGAAGAGGGCUUGAAGGCCACUCCUGACUCGCAAAAUGGAGCCUCUAAUGGGCCAAGUGGUUCUAAUGCAGAGGACAUUUUCGCUGAUUUCUUUGGGAGCAAUAGUCCUUUUGAUUUUGAGUACACUAAUCAUGCAAAGUCUACAAGGUUUCAGACAGGUGGUGGCGGCGGCGGCACUUUUAGUGGCUUUGGUGGUUCCGGAAGCACGUUCAAGUCCAAGACUGAUAGAGCUACUCCUAGUACUCGUUCACAUAAAACACCUAAGGUACAUAAAGCACCUGCAGUGGAGCGAAAGCUAGCAUGCACCCUUGAGGAGCUCUAUACUGGGACAAAGAGGAAGAUGAAGAUCUUAAGAAAUGUCAGACAACCUAACGGAGAAACAAUGGCAGACAAUGAAAUCUUGACGAUCGAAGUGAAGCCAGGGUGGAAAAAGGGUACAAAAAUAACAUUUCCUGAGAAAGGGAACGAACAGUUGAACCAAAUUCCUGCAGACCUAGUGUUUGUCAUCGACGAGAAGCCUCAUGAAGUUUACAAGAGGGACAGCAAUGAUCUUGUUGUGCGUCAAAAAAUCUCCUUGGUUGAUGCACUUGCAGGGACAACAAUAAACCUCACAACCCUUGAUGGGCGCGACUUGGUGAUUGAUAUUACAGAUGUAGUUAAGCCUAGCUAUGAAUUGUUAAUCCAAAAUGAAGGAAUGCCAAUCGCAAGGGAGCCGGGCAAGAAGGGUAACUUAAUUAUCAAAUUUGAUGUGAAGUUUCCUUCAAAGUUGACGGCUGACCAGCGUGCAGGUAUCAAACGCAUCUUCGGAGGAUGAUCACCAAAUAGGGGCUUUAGGACUUCCACAUAUCUUAUCUAAAUGAGAAGACAUCCUUUGGAGGGUGAUCAAGUUUAAAUGGAUUUUAUCUCAGCAAGUAAUCUCUCCCUCCAUUCUGUUACAUUUCCAUGCUCAUUUUCGAUCUCGAUCUCGGUUAUUAAGUCUAUUUCAUGAAUAUCUUUUGUGGAUGUAUUUCUUAUAAACCCAAUCAUUGUAACUCUUACUCCAUUGAAACUCUAGAAACUCAACUAGUUAUAAUGAAUACAAGCACAAUUGUUUAUUUCUUU